ACCUUCCCAGCUUCUGUUGCACAGCACAUCUGAGAGAGCGGGAUCAGUUGUGUGGCGUGUGUGCUUGCAUUUGGAAGAAAAGUACCAUUUCUCCUUUGGAACAGGGCAGUGUGCUUCCUGAACCCGUCAAAACAGGACUUGGGAAUUUAUUGGAUGAUUGUAAACAACAGCAGACUGAAGCAAACUAAUCCAUGACCACAGUUCUACCGUGCGACGGCACAUAAAGGCAGCAGAUUAUUAACCCUCAAGUGGUGUAGGUUAUUGCUUGUGAUAUGGAGUACGAUAGAAUAGGAUCGCUGGACAUGCCUCGUUGGUCGGUGUACGAUGGAGAGGAGCACUGGCGGUUCAUGGAGAAACUGGAUGCACGGAUCAGGAACCAUGACCGGGAGAUUGAAAAGAUGUGCAACUUCCAUUUCCAGGGAUUUGUGGACUCGAUCACGGAGCUGCUGAAAGUGAGGGGGGAGGCACAGAAGCUGAAGAUCCAGGUGACUGAUACCAAUGACAAGCUGCAGGAAUCGGGAAGGGAGUUAAUUGUUGAAAUGGAGGAACUGAAGAAGUGUCGCUCGCAGCAGAGGAACAUUGCGGCCACAGUGGACCAACUGACUCUCUGUCUACCAGUUCUGGAGAUGUACGGUAAAUUACGAGAACAGAUGAAGACUAAAAGACAUUACCCUGCACUGAAGACAAUGGAGUACAUGGAGCACACGUUUUUGCCUCGGGUGAAUCCCUACCGCUUCUGUACGAUCAUGAUGGAGAAUAUCCCCAGGUUACGAGAGGAGAUUAAAGAAGUCUCCAUGUCUGACCUGAAGGACUUCUUGGAGAGCAUCCGCAAGCACUCAGACAAAAUCGGAGAGACGGCAAUGAAGCAGGCACAUCAGCAGAGGAGCCUGGACAACGUAGUGUCUCAGCAACACAAGAUGGGAGCUGGGAAGAAACUGAAGAAAGAUGGUGGCACUGGCUUUGAUGCGGAGGUAGACAAUACCAGCCCAAUGUCAGAACAAGAUUCUGGGAUCCUAGAUGUUGAAGAUGAGGAAGAUGAAGAAGAGGUACUAAGUGCCCAAGAUCUGGUGGACUUUUCCCCUGUGUACAGAUGUUUGCACAUAUAUACUGCGCUGGGUGCCCAAGAUACAUUUGAGAACUACUACAGGAAACAAAGGAAGAAACAGGCUCGUUUAGUACUUCAACCCCCUUCCAACAUGCAUGAAACGUUAGACGGCUACAGGAGGUAUUUUAAUCAAAUUGUUGGUUUCUUCGUCGUUGAAGAUCACAUAUUGCACACCACCCAGGGUCUGGUGAACAGAGCGUACAUUGAUCAGCUGUGGGAGCUGGCUGUGUCCAAAACUAUGUCAGCACUCCGCACUCAUUCAUCGUACUGCUCUGACCCGAACUUGGUCCUGGAUUUGAAGAACCUCCUGGUACUCUUUGCAGACACUCUGCAGGGUUAUGGUUUCCCUGUAAAUCAGUACUUUGACAUGCUGCUAGAGAUCAGAGAUCAGUAUGGAGAAAUUCUGCUCAAGAAAUGGUCUGGCGUCUUCAGAUAUAUCUUAGAGUUGGACAACUACAGUGCUAUUCCUGUCUCAAAUGAAGAGGAAUUUAAGAAAGUGAUGGGUCAGUUUCCAUUCCGUGAUCCAGACCUGGAAAAUCAACCCUUCCCCAAGAAGUUCCCAUUCUCGGAAUUUGUGCCCAAAGUCUACUCGCAGAUCAAAGAAUUUAUCUACGCCUGUCUAAAAUUUUCAGAGGACCUUCAUCUGAGCUCAACGGAAGUAGAUGACAUGAUCCGAAAGUCGACCAAUCUCCUGAUGACCAGGACACUAAGCAACUGUUUACAAAAUGUCAUCAAGAAGCAGCAUGUGGGACUUACUGAGCUCGUACAGAUUAUCAUCAACACAACACACCUGGAGCGAUCCUGUAAGUUCCUGGAGGAGUUCAUCACAAACAUUACAAAUGUACCCCCGGAGACUGUUCAUGCUACUAAGCUCUAUGGCACAGCAACCUUCAAGGAUGCACGGCACGCUGCGGAGGAAGAGAUCUACACCAAGCUCAAUCAGAAGAUUGACCAGUUCCUGCAGCUGGCUGACUAUGACUGGAUGAGAGCAGAGUCCAACGGACAUGCCAGCGAUUACUUGGUCGACCUCAUCGCCUUCCUGCGUAGUACGUUUGCCGUGUUCACCCACUUACCAGGCAAAGUGGCUCAGACGGCCUGCAUGUCUGCCUGCAAGCACCUCUCCACGUCUCUCCUCCAGCUGCUGCUCGAUACCGAGGUCAAACAGAUCACCAUGGGGGCUUUGAAACAGUUCAACAUGGACAUUAAAGAGUGUGAGCACUUUGCCAGAUCCGGACCAGUGCCUGGGUUCCAAGGUGACACGCUGCAGUUGGCCUUCAUCGACUUGAGACAACUUCUGGAUCUCUUCAUCCAGUGGGACUGGUCAACGUACCUGGCCGAUUAUGGGCAGCCCGGCUGCAAGUACCUGCGAGUGAACCCAACCACGGCCCUCACUCUGUUGGAGAAGAUGAGAGACACGAGCAGGAAGAACAACGUGUUUGCACAGUUCCGCAAGAACGAACGGGACAAACAGAAGCUCAUCGACACGGUGGCCAAACAGCUCAGGGGUUUGAUCAGCAGCAUGUCCCACCACUCUUGAGUCUGCUCUCUCUCGCCCCCCCCCCCCCCCAACUCCCGUCCGUCCCUCUUCCCUCGCCCCCUCCUUCCCUCCCUCUCAGUUGAACAUUAUGCUGGAUGCAGGGCAAUAUGCCACCACAGUGACAGAAACGGAGAUCGGUCCAUCGCUUAAAGGGCAACAAGUUCUUGGCAAACUCUUUUUUGUUGCUUUGUUUACAGACUUGCUGUGGAAAGUUGCAAACUGCCUUUCAAUGCACUGGAGCCACGGUGAAGGAAAGAGCACAUCCUCAGCUACUGACCUCCUUGGACACACGUGACAUUGCUGAUCCCCUUGUGCACACAGCAUGGGCUGGAUACACAGUAGAACACUACCCCUAAACGUUCUUUAUAUUCAUUGAAUGAGUAUUGCAAAGCAGAACAAAGACCAGACCUGCCAGUCCUAAAUCCAAGCUAAAUCAAUCAGUUGGAGGGUUGACCAGAAUCUCUCCACCCUCAUCCUGAAUGCCUAUUGGAUCUCCCUCAGCUCAUUCCCAGAUUCGCUUGUCAUUUCCCGGUCUUGCCUUCUUUCUGAGCCAAUCCCUCAUUGAUUCCAGCCAUCAAGUCAGUUCGGUGUAGAGUCUGAGGAUUACCUUGAGUUGCACUAUUUGCUGGAUGCUUUUCACAGUCCUCUCCUCAGUGAAUCUUUGGUAUCACAAGAAAUAUCAGUUCAUUCUUUGUUCAUACUGCUAUCUUCCAACUAUGCACGCUGAGGGCGUAGACUGCUUCUGCUCUACCAGUUGACCUGUGAGUCAGAGGGCUGGAUUAAUACCAGUGGCGAUACAGUCAGUGACACAGGACGCUGGGGGAGAGGGGUUACUGAAGACAGUGUGAGGGAGGGGGAUUAACAUCAGUGGCGAUACAGUCAGUGACACAGGACGCUGGGGGAGAGGGGUUACUGAAGACAGUGUGAGGGAGGGGGAUUAACAUCAGUGGCGAUACAGUCAGUGACACAGGGCGCUGGGGGAGAGGGGUUACUGAGGGACAGUGUGAGGGAGGGGGAUUAACAUCAGUGGGGAUACAGUCAGUGACACAGGGCGCUGGGGGAGAGGGGUUACUGAGGGACAGUGUGAGGGAGGGGGAUUAACAUCAGUGGGGAUACAGUCAGUGACACAGGGCACUGGGGGAGGUGGUUACUGUGUUACUGAGGGACAAUGCGAUUAACCAGCCUCUCAUAGAACACAGGAAAGAAAUCUCUCAGUUAUCUCUUUGCCUCCAAACCACAACAGAGCAGAAGUGGGUGAACAUACUAAGGGGACAGGGGCUGAGAACGCACAGUUCGCCAGAACAUCCUGUGGUAAACUGCUCUGUUGCCUGUGGAGUCCGGAGAAGCCUUUGGCCGGGGGAAAGAUGCCCACCGUGGUUGCACCUCUUUGGGUGGCAGGUCUGAGGAGGGGCCACAGGGACAGAGGCACUACGUGAGCAUUGCUACUACAACACACACCUGCUCACACCUCCACCACAGCAAUGCUGCAUAGAGUGAUACAGCAUGGAAGCAGGCCCUUCGGGCCAUCUCAUCCAUGCCAGCCAAUUUGCCUGCUAUUGGUAUUAGUUUAUUAUUGUCACUUGUACUGAGGUACAGUGAAAAACGUGUCUUGCAUACCGCUUGUACGGGUCAAUUCAUUACACAGUGCAGUUACAUUGGGUUAGUACAGAGUGCAUUGAUGUAGUACAGGUGAAAACAAUAACAGUACAGAGUAAAGUGUCACAGCUGCAGAGAAAGUGCAGUGCAAUAAGGUGCAAGGUCACAACAAGGUAGAUCGUGAGGUCAGAGUCCAUCUCAUCUUAUAAGGGAACCGUUCAAUCGUCUUAUCACAGUGGGGUAGAAGCUGUCCUUAAGUCUGGUGGUACGUGCCCUCAGGCUCCUGUAUCUUCUACCUGAUGGAAGAGGAGAGAAGAGAGAAUGACCCGGGUAGGUGGGGUCUUUGAUUAUGCUGGCUGCUUCACCAAGAAAACGAGAGGUAAAGACAGAGUCCAAGGAGGGGAGGCUGGUGUCCGUGAUGCGCUGGGCAGUGUCCACAACUCUGCAGUUUCUUGCGGUCCUGGGCAGAGCAGUUGCCGUACCAAGCCGUGAUGCAUCCAGAUAGGAUUUGUCUCAUAUCCCUCUAAACCUUUCCGAUCCAUGUACCUGUCUAAUUUCCCUCUGGUCUCCUUUUUCACCUCUUACCUUAAACCUAUGCCCCUCUAGUUCUACACUCACCUACCCUUGGAAGAGACUGACCAUCCACCCUUCACUCUGUGCAUUGUUGUUGGGAAGAGUCACAGAGGAUGCAGAUGUAGUUGUCCUCUGUAAGGCACCUUCACUGCCUGGAUCCAUCACCACGUUCAGAGAAGGCAAAUUGUCGACCAGCGACCUUUCUUUUGUUCCCACUUUUCCUUUCGUACACCUUGUGCUUGUUCAGUGUGGUUAUGGGGGACUGCGCCUGCUCUCACUGCAAGUGCCAGUUCUCAAUGCACAAGGUAGAGCUAGGUGUACAAACACAGACCUGUACGGGCAUCAGGGUUCUGCAGCCCAGCAGUGAGACACUGCCCUGCCAAGCACCAGUACCUCUUGCCAGAUUCAGGAACUGUGCUGUGCCUCAGGAGAAAGUUUGGGUCCAAACCAGCAGUUUGAAAAGAAGACAAUGUUGAUCACUGGUUUAUCGACACUGAUCCUAGAUUUGAAUUUGUUCCUGAAACAUACCCUUACAGUUGUUACUCUAUGAAGCAACAUCUCCGGGGUUAACAAACAAUCUGCUGGAGGAACUCAGUGGGCCAAGCAUCAUCUGUGGGAAGAAAGGAAUUGUCGACGUUUCGCGUCAAAACCCUUCUCCAAGACUCAGGCAUUGGGGAGAACCACCCCUACACUUGCCCAUCAACCCUUCAACCAGAGCUGCAGUAGCGUUGUCCUGUCCAGAAAUUCCAGCCAUCCGAUCAGUCGGGAAGAAUGCUGCGACAGAAUUUUUCAAAAGCCUGGUGGGGGAGCAAGUCAAAGGUGAGCUGUGGAGUUGAAGACGACGCCACCCACAGUCAAAUAGUCUGCUCACUAGUUUGUACUCUGCAGCUGGGGACAGCCAGCAAGAAUGGGUCCAGGAGAAGAGGGGAAAUGCUGAAUGAAGCAAGACUGUUGCUGAAUGCACUCCCCAUUGCUGACACAACCCUGCUCAAGCACCAGUAUUGGCGAAUAGCUCGAAGAUAAUGCUGCUUUUACUGAGAGAUUCUCAUUGUUAUCUUAAGCAAUUUUGUCUUAGGGAUUCACGACCUGAAACCGUUGAUUGCUGAUAUGCACUGACUCUGUUUACUGCAGUGAUGUCCUGCUGUGGACACCUGACUGUGUGGGUGUGAGUAAGAUGAUCAGGGGAAUUUAAAACCUUCCCAAUGCUUGAAAUCUGAAAUUUGAAAAGAAAAGCACAAAGUGUUGGGUUAACACUGAUUGUCUAUCCAGAGGCAGAAGGAGCAAUAGCUCGAGUUCACAGAGAUUUCAGCCAAUGGAACAGGUUUUGGAGGGCUCGAGGUGGUCAAUUGAUGUUCUCUUCUCACUGUCAGACUUCCUACAGCCGUUGUAUUCCCCAAUCACCGAACCUUUCCCUCUUUCCCUCCCCACCAUAUCCCUCAACCCCUCCCCACCACGUCCCUCAAUCCCUCCCCACUGUCCCUCAACCCCUCCCCACCACGUCCCUCAACCCCUCCCCACCACGUCCCUCAAACCCUCCCCACUGUCCCUCAACCCCUCCCCACCACAUCCCUCAACCCCUCCCCACCACAUCCCUCAACCCCUCCCCACCACGUCCCUCAAUCCCUCCCCACCACGUCCCUCAACCUCUCCCCACUACGUCCCUCAAUCCCUCCCCACCACAUCCCUCAACCCCUCCCCACCACGUCCCUCAAUCCCCACCACAUCCCUCAACCCCUCCCCACCACGUCCCUCAACCCCUCCCCACCACGUCCCUCAAUCCCCACCACGUCCCUCAAUCCCCACCACAUCCCUCAACCCCUCCCCACCACGUCCCUCAAUCCCUCCCCACCACGUCCCUCAACCUCUCCCCACUACAUCCCUCAACCCCUCCCCACCACGUCCCUCAAUCCCCACCACGUCCCUCAUCCCUCCCCACCACGUCCCUCAAUCCCCACCACGUCCCUCAACCCAUUUCCUCAUCCCUCAAUCCCUCCCCACCACAUCCAUCAACUUCUUCCCUCCACAUCCCUCAAUCCCUACCACAUCCCUCAAGCCCUUCCCUCCACAUCUCUCGAUCCCUUCCCACCACAUCUCUGAUCCCUCCACAUUCCCCGAUCUCACCUGAAUCUCCUUCCCUCCAGAAGGAUGUCUGGUGUCUCUGAAGCCCGGUUUCACGGGCCUUUCUGAAAUCCGUGUCUGCCAAUCUGCGGCUCUGGAUGUGUAUGCCACUGCUGACCCCUAUUUCCUUCCAGUUACUUCCCUGGAACUGAGUCCAGUGAUGCACUCUGCCAGGAGCAUUCCCAGUCCUCAACAAUAUCAGUUACAAAUCUUUUCCAAAGACGGUGAGCUCUUCGUCUGCUGGCUGCUGAUUGGCUGGAUGUCCAUAUAUUCAGGAACUUCCUGCUGAAAUAUUCCUAAAAUUUGCAUGAAUUAAUUCACUCGGGCUAUCGUCCACCCCUUCCAUGUUGUUCACCAGUUCGGUUGGGAAACUAGCGCGGUGGGGUGGGGUGCAGUCUGAGGGAAGAAUAGAGCCACAAUUUUAAUUGUAUAGAAAGGGAAUAUGUAAACACUCACAGAUUGUAUAUGUACAACCUUCCAGUGAACACAGAGUAUCCUAGGGCCACUGUACAAAGAUGAGUGCUAGGUUGACUGGGUAAAUGCUGGGUUUUCUGGAGGUCUGCUGACAUGUUACUAACUCUAUAAUCAUUGUAUUAUCCAGUGUCAUGUUUACCUAUGUAUGCCUCCCAUUGUAACAUACGCCAGCCUGCACGGUGGCUAGUUCUUUUGUUAUUUUUCUAUGUUCUAUUUGUUGGAAACUGCACAGGGUUUUUUUUUGCACAGAUGCAGAAUUUACAAAAAAAAAUCAAAUGGAUAAAUGGGGAGUUAAGGGUUUCUUUGCUUGUUACCGACAUACAAGAUGCGAAUUACAGUGAGAGAGACUGCUCUCCUCAGUGCACAGUACUGACUGAGAAAUAAAACCGCU